AAAAAAGAGAGAUAAAAAGGCAAAAAGAAAAAUUCUGACAUCCUUUUGCUCAUGAACCGUGAUUUUUAGAAGCAAGAAAUAGAAGGAAAAAAAAAAAAAAAGUUUUCUCCCCAAGGACCAAGACCAUUCUGCAAACUGAAGUGCUGCCAGCAGCAUAUGCUUUUUGCAAGAAUAAUUGAAACCAUUAACUGGAGAGCACAGAAUUCUUUUGAAAGUCUGCCAGUUAUUUUCAAGUAACUUCGGCAGUGGCACAAAAUAUAACACUUAUAUUUUAACUUCUACAAUUGCACUUUUAGGAGCUGGCCUCUAAUUUGAUUUUCAGUUGUUCUGAUAAGAUUUCUAUUUUAUGAUUGGCUUUAUGUUUAAUCCUUGUUUAAACAACCACAAUUUGACUUAAAUGAAAACCUAAGUGCUGAUGAAUAGGAGUUUUACCAAAGCAACAAGUUAGUUAUUUCUUCGCGUUUAACUUGAAUUCACCUUUUUUUACCCCUUUUUUWWAAAAAAACAGAUCAGCGGGAAAGAUCGCCCUGACGAAGGGUGCGAUUGCCUGCGUUUUAAUUUUUGCUUUUAAUAUGGCUGUAAACGUUUCCCUGGUCCGUGACACAAAAUGGCUGACGCUAGAAGUGUGUCGGGAGUUCCAGAGAGGGACCUGCUCGCGCUCCGACGCCGAGUGCAAGUUCGCCCACCCGUCCCGGAGUUGCCACGUGGAGAACGGCCGAGUUAUUGCCUGCUUCGACUCCCUAAAGGGCCGAUGUACCCGAGAGAACUGCAAAUACCUUCAUCCUCCCCCGCACUUAAAAACACAACUUGAGAUAAACGGACGCAACAACCUGAUCCAGCAGAAGACGGCGGCAGCCAUGUUCGCCCAGCAGAUGCAGUUCAUGCUCCCGGGCGCGCAGCUACAGCCCAUCACAACGUUUCCUGUGACUCCAUCGCUUGCAACAAGCCCCACGAUGGCUUUUAGUCCCUACCUGAGUCAUGUUUCCCCUGGGAUGGGCUUGGUUCCUGCAGAGCUUUUACCAAAUACUCCUGUCCUGGUUUCCGGGAAUCCUACUGUUACAGUACCAGGAGGCUCUGCCGGACAGAAACUGAUGCGUACAGAUAAACUGGAGGUUUGUCGAGAGUUUCAACGUGGAAAUUGUACACGUGGUGAGAACGAUUGCCGCUAUGCUCACCCCAUAGAUAUUGCAAUGAUAGACACAAAUGAAAACACUGUUACAGUUUGCAUGGAUUACAUCAAAGGUCGAUGCUCUAGGGAGAAAUGCAAGUACUUUCAUCCCCCUGCACACCUGCAAGCCAAAAUCAAGGCAGCUCAACACCAGGUGAACCAGACAGCUGCAGCUGCAAUGACUCAGCCAGCUGUCAGAUCACUGAAGCGACCGCUCGAGGCCACCUGUGACCUGGCCCUGCCGCCUGGUGCACUUCAACCUUUACCAAAGAGGCCAGCACUUGAAAAAAACAAUGGUGCCACCACAGUCUUUAACCCAAGCGUUUUCCACUACCAACAGGCUCUAGCCAACAUGCAGUUGCAACAGCCUACGUUUAUCCCUACAGUGCCCAUGAUGCACGGUGCUACGCCCACCACUGUGUCUGCAGCAACAACUCCUGCCACCAGCGUCCCCUUCGCUGCAACAGCUACCGCCAAUCAGAUAUCCCAGUUAUCAGUAGAUGAACUGAGUAGCAGCAUGUUUGUUUCACAGAUGUAGAAGUUCCCGAUAGAACACCGACCAUAUUGAAAUUCUGAACAGUAAAAUUAUGGAGCACCAGGACUUCUUGGUGGGAAGCUGCGCAUGGCCUUUCUGUAUAUACCCCCUCCUCCCUCUAUCGUUCUCCACCACCUCUACAGUAAGCCUGUUGCAGCCUACAUGUUAACCAAAAACUGAUCAAUGGGAAUGUCAAAAAAAAAAAAGAAAAAAAAAAAGAAAAAAAAAGCACUAUAGAAACAAUUAACAAACAGCGCUCUGUUAUAUGAAAUAUACAAGUAGGAAAUUAUAAUAGACUUUUAUAACACAUUACUUUAACACACUUAAUCAUUUUAUGACUACCAUCCUGAUAAGUGCAUCUGCACAGCGGACUGUUGGUUUACUGUAUACUAUCGAUGGAUAAAUGUUUGUCUUGUUUUUAAAGUGUUAUCUUACUGUUUUGUUUACAUCAUAGUCUAUUGAUUUGUUUUAAAGUGUACAUCAUUAUCAAGUAUACUCAAUACCAUUUUUUCAUUAUUGUUAUGUCUUAAGUUUUCAUAUACUGUAGGUUUUAUGGGAUUUUGUUUUUUUACUAAAAAUGUUAUUGUGGGAAACAGGAAUUAUGUGCUUGAAAAACACGACAUAAGAAUGUUCUGCCCUUUUCUAGAUUUUGCUGUUCAUGUCAGCUGCAGUUGUUGUGUUAAAUGCUCCUUUUAUCAUGUAAAAUUUGCCUUCAGGUAGAGUCUCCAAAAUUUCGUACAAAUGACAGGAAAGGACAGUUGUCAUUUUAGUCCAGUUCAGGGUACUUUUUUUAAACGCAGUGAGCUGAUUCUGGAAAUGUAGACAACAAAAACCACAAGCUGCACUCAGUGAAAAGUAAGGUGACAGGAAGGAUUUGCUCAGACUGCGGAAAUCAUCAGGGAUUUCUGCAGUUCUGUUGUACAUUGAAGUGCAUUCUCAGCUGCAAAUGGCGCACAAUCUUUCUUGCUAUUCUCAUGGUGCAGUCCAAAAAAAAAAAACAAAAAAUAGAUGGAUAAAUGAGAGAGCUUCAUUGGGGCAAAGAUGAUUUUGCAUUGGAGAGGAACAAGCACCAACUGUUAGCUGCAAAACACACAGCCGGAUUAGGUCCCUAACCGUGGCUUUGCCCAAGCCGGGUGGUAGUGUGCAGGUGGCCUUGUCUUCCCCAGGCAUCCUGCAGCAUUUCAGCCUGAGAUGUGGCUCGUCUCCACAUUUCAUCAGCGGGYACCAAUAAUUUACUCACCAUUUUCCUUAAGCUGGUGAUAUUUCCCAAGACCUCUGGCCCGUUAGCGCAAGCAAAAGGAGUAACAAGCAAAGGCAGCAAAUCUAAACUGAAGCGCUCUGCCGUACGAGGAUGUUCUUUUUAAUGGAGUUCCUGUAGGUCAGUGGAUGUGUUGUGGCAUCUUCUACUUGAUCAAGAGCAAUGUUUGUCGCACAACAAGGGCUAGUUCUCAACACCUCCUUUUUUCAUGCACGUGAAUGAAAUGAUUUCCAGCCCGUCAUUAUGCUGCGUUGCUGAACAGCCUGGCUACACAGUAUGUUUGAUUGGAGGACACACCAAAUUCAUCCCUAUCGUAGCUCUCUGUCAUUGGCACUGUGGAAGAGAUGGAUUUGUUCCUGUAAAUCUGUGAACUUCAGAGAAACUGCUUGGCAAAAGAGAAUCAUUAUUAAAACCAAACAGGAGGCACGUUCCUGGUGUCCAGAGGCUCUGCACCCUCAGCUCACCGUGGUCCUGUGGGCUGCAAAUUCCGACAACCAGAUCAUGUUUUCCUUUCAAACUUCCAAGGCUUUGGCUAGAGACUUUCCUUGCCCCCUCUCCUCCAGCGUGAGUGCAGAUACAUUGCUAGAAAUGUAUUUAUAUGGGCCACGAGCGAUAGAGGGGCCUGGAGGUGGUGUGCCCCAAACCCAGGCUGUGACCAGCUGCUGUGGAGAUUUCUUCAUGAGCAAGAACCUUGGACGAGACCAGUUCAGAAAAACCUUGGGCCAGUAGAAAUCUUUCCAUUCAUUUCAKCAGGCUCUGAACCAAAUGCUGAGAGAGGGAAAAUACCCCCCACAACAGUCACUCAUGMGCCUCCCGUUGUGACAAGUCUCUUGCGUCCGUAGCUGUUUGGCAGCCAUCAGAAGCAGACAGUGUGGCCUGAAAUCGAUGGCUCUCAUAGAUAUUGGCUACUGCAUCCCUGUUCUUUUAACCACUGAGUUUCUGUUUCCCAAAACCAUAACAUUGUUAGUGGAAAAAAAAAAAAAAAAAGUGGAUUUGAGUACUUCCUGUUUGAAAUUAUUUGUGUAUCAAAAUGGGUUUUGCACAACCUGUGCCAGUGCCUCAACAAAGAACAGAGCUGAUCUUCUUAAGCCAGAAAGGAUGCAUUCAAGCUUGUAUGGCUUUAUGAGUUAAAGGAGGUUGGAACUUUUUUCAGUGCUAAAUGGAUUUUUGUAUAUCUUGACACUUYGAUGUAACCUCCUAUUUUAUUUAUCUACUUAAACAUCUGGCAUAGAUGUGCAUAGAAUGUAAACCUAGAAUACAACUGUUUUCACGUCACAUUUAAAGCACUGAAAAAAAAAGCAUUUAAGGAUUAUUUUUUAUUAAAGAGGUCCAAUGAGGGAUGUUCAGGGUAGUUAUAUUAGGUGCCACAACAGUUUUUAUAUUGCUGGCAAAUUUAGCGUUAAUUUGUAAAUGAGUUUAAGGAAAGAAAAGCUUGAAGCACUAAACUUCACCAAAUUCAAAACAAUCUCGGCAAAAAAAUGCCAUUUUGAGGUAGCACUAUUUAAACUAGUUGUGCAAUGACUUGCUCUAAUUUUCUUUGUUCAAGAAAGAAAAAAAAAAUCAGUCGUCAGACUAUAAAUCUCCUAAAUAGACUAUUACAAAGUCACCAAGCUAGUUAGUGACUCUAAACAAAUGUCAUAAAAGCAUGAAUAUCAUCCUUUAUUUGACAAGAGAUGUAUGUAAGUUUGUUUAAAUCAAUAUAAUUUUAGUGACAUUUUUAUAAGCUUCCCACUUUCCAUGAACCUAUAUUUUUUAUUUAUCCAAAGUUAUUUCUCUUUGUCCAUUUCUCUCAGCCUUAUGCAAACAAUAUGCAAGAAAUGCUGAAACUUGGAUAAAACGGGUCAUGCAGAGGGAAAAUGAAAGCUGAGAUUGAUCAUUUUCACAGAAAAAAAAGAAAAAAAAAAAAGGUUGUUAGUAGUUUCAAUAAGAAAAUACUACCAUUAAGCUGUAACAUAAGCAGACAAUAAAAGAGGGAUUUAAAAUAAAAUGGAUUCACAAAACUAUUAAGAUUAUUUUUGUUAAAUACAGUGUUUUUAGUAAUUUGGAACCUGAUUUCACAAUCAACCGUGUUUUUUAGUUGGAGAUUUUUGACUCUAUAUAUUUUUUUUUGCAUCGUGGUGUUCUAGAAAUCGUUACCUCCCCGGCCAGCCCCGGUCCUGGACCCUCUGACGCACUUUGCUCCCUGCCGUAAGCGUCGUCCCGUGCUGCCCUCGGGGCCUUUGUCCCCCGGAGCCGGCGCAUCCGCAGGCGCCCGCAUCCCGCGGGAUGCGCCGGCUCCUGCAUCCCCAUCCCGGCUCCUCGCCCGCACCCUGGGGCGGCUCCAGGACGCGCUCGCCCACGGAUCCGUGGCGAAACCGGAGUCCUCGUUGGGUUUUUUUUUUCUUCUCGGAAUCCCUUGUACAUUUCACACACAUGCAAAUUGAAAAAGGUGAAAUUUAUGAGGAAAAUCUAAUUUCCCAUUCCUGUUGAAUGGAUUUAGUUUGAUAUUGACCUGAUUUUACCACGUGCCUGUUGAAGGCCUUAGAGUAUAUACUGUAUGUUAAAGACUGUAAUAACUUUAAAAAAAAAUAGUUGAUAGCCUAAUCCAAAUGUAAAUAUAGCUACAACACGUUGUUACUAGGCUACAACGCAUUAAUUCAUGUCAUAUAUUCUCAUUUCUUUACCAUUAGUUUUUAAGGUCUUCAUUAUUGCUUUUUUGAUAUCUUUAGUAACUAAUGAAUUUAAUUUUGAAGGAGAGUUAGAGAAAGCUUAAACUUUUUACUACAUGUACUCAACCCAUUUAGUUAUAUUCUAAACCAACACUGAAGCAUGGUAAGGUAUAGAAUACAGUCCAUAACUAGUUUGUAUAGUUUACAGUUUAAGAACAAAAUUAACUUUGUAUGUAACUCCUACAAUGAUAGAUUCAUUGUUAACUAAUUAUAUUAAGUUGUUGUUGCUAUGGCAACAAAACUACAACAUGGCUACCUUUGUAUACAUUAUUUGUGAAAUUUUCACAUGUAAAUUAAAAGUGAUGUGUAACAGUAUGAGCUUGUUAAAGGUACAGUUCGAUACUGUCAGAUAAAGAUAUGAUUGAAUAUUUUUAAAAUCCCAAAGUCCCAUGUGAACGCUGAAAUUUGUGUCUUUACGUCACUUUUUCAGUCAAGAAGUUUACAACACAUGGAUUUAGAGUCAGGUUUUAUAGCUUGUAGAAAUUGUUGUGUGGCAAGGGUUAUUCCACAGUAUUUUGACUUGGAAAACACGGCGACCUGCAUCCACGACGUAGCGACUGCUCUCCCUUCCCUCUCACAUCCAUUCACAUUGUGGGAAUUCCGAAUCGAUCCGUUUCAGCACUGUAGCUCUGCUUGCAAUUCAUUUUUAUUUCUAUUUUUUUUUUAUUUUCCUGCAAUCAAACACACGAUUACGUUACGAUCAGGGCUAAGUAAUUAAACAUGUAACUAUUUUAAUACUAAUUUAUAUUAGCAAAAACUGUACAUAAGAAAAAAAAAUAUUGUGGAAUGACCCCUUAACAGUGUUGAAGAUACAAAUAUGCUGCAGUUAAACUGAUUCAGUUAGUGUACGAAUGUGUGAGACACACCUUUUUUGCACUUAUGUACAUAGUCCACGAAAGAAAUCCUUGGAACUUAUUUUGAAUAUAAAAAGUCUGUAAUAAUACAGGAAAAGUUUGUAAAAGAGAUAGGUAUUACUAAGGCUUUGAAAAGGAGGAGUUUUUUGCUAUAAAACUUAUCUGAAAGCAUGAUGUUGCUUUGCUGUUGUAAAAGCUUUGUAGUUUGCCAUAGCUUAUUAUACAGCAGACUGAUAACAGGUCAGCUCCAACCUGCAGCACGGAGAAAUGGGGAACAGUGCUUAAUUAAUUAGUAAGGUCACUAGCAAAGAUUUCGAUUGUGGUUUGGGGGUUUUAUUGUUAUUAUUUCUAUUGUUUUUCGGUCACCCUGCGUUUCUAAGCACACCCUAGGUCACGUUUUUGGUAAGAAAUUUUCUCUGUGGUUCCUCCGAGGCCCACGAUGUCACUGGUGGCAUAGACACCUUUCCCAACCUCCUCCCUAUGUUUCCAGCAGGAAGCGUUUGGUGGAGCAGGUUGGCGUCUACUUGGGCUUAACCAGGCGGGAGAGCAAGCACCAGGCCCGGCUUUCCCUGCCUUGAGGAGCUCUGCCCUCCUCUUUCUCCUCCCGGACCGAACUGGAUCCCCAGCUGGCUCCAGAGGACGAGCAGGAUGUGGGACGGGCGGACGGAGCAGCCAGCAUCACCCCCUAUUCCACCUUCCCAAACUUCCGAUAGCUCCAGCUGUGGCCGGAGCGUUUCCAGCUGCUGGGAGCGGAGCAGGGAGCCGCAGGGCCUGGUCCCUGUGUGCCCUCCGAGCCGCGCGUAGCUGCACGAUGGUCUCCCAGCCGCCUGUGUCCCCAAGGGUAUCCCCAGCUCUGUCCCCAAGGGUAUCCCCAGCUCUGUCCCCAGGGGUGUCCCCAGCUCUGUCCCCAAGGGUAUCCCCAGCUCUGUCCCCAGCGGUCACAGCUGGCAGCAGCUGGAGCCGUGCGAGGACGGCGCUUGUGGAGCAUCUUCCCAACAAACCAGGCUAGGGACCGGCUGGGCACCGCGGGGCUCUGCGUCCCCUCGCUUUAACGGCAAGGACUGGGAGUUUCCAGGAGGAAACUGGUCAGGAGGUGCUGAAACUGAAACUUCCAGGAGGUGCUGUGCCACCCACAGCAGAAACGGGCCCGGGUCUCAGCUUCGCUCCCCGCUCUUGCCGUGGGUUCUGCUCCAGGGCUCCGCGGUGCUGGCGGGUUGUGGAGGAGCGAGGGGGUCUGUGCCGACCCCUYUAGCUUCCGUGGGAAUUAGUACCUUUCUACAGAGCUUAAACCACCGGAUUUGCUUCCAAAAGGCGGCUGGUUUUGCAGCCAGGCAGGUCCCAACCCCUCCUGGUGCGGAGCUAAACCCCCCAGCAGCGCUGGGGCUGCUUUAAAUACAUUUAAUAUUAACUAAUUAGCUAGUUCUAGCCACUUUGCCGUUAAGGCUGCCAUUAACUAUGUUCAUUUUUCAUAAUCAAGCUCAUUUACAUCCAUAGGAUGACRAGAGGAAAAUAUUUUGCACUAUGUGGAAUGAAUCGUAGCUGGUGAAACUUCCUUGCGUUGGGGUGGGAAUGCGGAGGGGACCUCGCUGCUGAAAUCUCUGCUAGUGACCUUGACUGUCGUCUUCUAUCAUCAAAAAUAACUCAGUAUGCUUCUCAAAGGAGACACUUAAACAUGCAAAAAUAACACACCUAUUAAAUAAAAGUUCUUUUUUUCCAAACACACAACAGAGAGAAUUACCUGACACCGAAUUACAAGGUUCCAGUUCUUUAUUACUGUACACAGAUGCUAUUUGAUAGUGGUGGAAGCCAAAUGAUUUUGUUGCCAUGGCUUUUGUAUCCUAGCAGAUGAGGGGAUGAUAAGACCAUUCUUAGAUUGGAUUAUGGGAUUGCUUUUUUUUUCUUUCCAAUUAGCUUUGUUUUAAUUAUAUUUUCUUUGGAAAUCAUGAAAAUGAAACAAAACUCCCUGCACCCAUUAUUAUUUCACCUGACAGUAGAUCACUGUUCUUUUAUUUUUUUUUUAUAAAUAGAGAAAUGUAUUUUAGGCAAUCACUGAAAUCAAAAAAAAAAAAAAAAAAAGAAAAAAAAAAAGAUUGUUCUCCUAAAUUGUCAAUUAUUAACUAUAUAAAAACAUUAAUACUGUACUGUGUAAAGUAGAUAUUUGAAACACAUUCUUCUUUUCAUAGACAUUUCUGGUAAAACAAAGUAAGGGAAACAUUAGGUAUCAAUUUAAUCAUAUAGUUUAGAAUAUAUACACAAGAUUACAGUUAGCCCUGUGGAAUUGUAAGAAAUUAAAAUGUCAUCAGAUCCAGACAGGC